AUGGUAGGAGCAGUACAUCUGCCGACGCGGACGACGACCCUCGCGGCGCGCCCCGCCGUCGACCACAACCAUCGGCGGAUUUGGAGCCGCCUCCGAGCACCAACCAGCGGCGAGAGCAGGGGGGGAAAGAGGAGGAAUGCGCGGCGACAGCUAGUUUGCAGCAUCACCUUCAUCGUCUUCUUCUCCUUCUUCAUUGCCAUCAGCUUUGGUUCCAACAAGACGAUGCAGAUCGGAAGCACCUCUACGUGCAUCUCCGGUCCCUGCCCCAAGGGAUUGCUUUCCCACGGGUCACUAGUCGUCCUGCCGCUCAGCCUGCUCAUCGCCAUGGUGGUCCGCUACAGAUGCAUCAAGCGGCGUAUCGCCAUUGAAUCCGCCGCGGACCAGCACUACACGGUGGUGUCGGACCAAGUGAUGAUGAACGCCACGGUCGAGAGGUUCGUGCUGGAGAUGGCCGACGAGAAGCCCAUUCGCUUCACGCCGGAGCAGCUCGCCGGAUACACGCGCAACUACUCCGCGCGCCUCGGCGCCGGCGGCUUCGGCACCGUCUACCGGGGAGAGCUCCCCAACGGCCUCGCCGUGGCCGCCACCGGCGUCGCCAGGGGCCUCAGGUACCUCCACGAGGAGUGCCAGCACAAGAUCGUGCACCAAGACAUCAAGCCCGGCAACGUCCUCCUUGGCGGCGCCGCCCUCACGCCCAAGCUGGCCAACUUCGGCCUCGCGCGCCUCGUCAACCGUGCUGACACACACGUCUCCCUGUCCCACGGGGGCGGUACCCCCGGCUACGCCGCGCCGGAGGUGUGGUUGGAACUACGCAUCACGGAGAAGUGCGACGUCUACAGCUUCGGCAUGCUCCUGCUCAAGAUCCUCGAGCAUGCUAGCAACCAUGACGCAGAUGCCGCGCCGGAGAGCAGCCGACAGUGGUUCCCAAUGGCCGCGUGGACCAGGUACGAGGCCGGUGAGCUGAUGGAGCUCGUCGUGUCAACGAUCCACCAAGAUCCGCGUUGCAGGGAGCUGGCGGAGAUGAUGAUCAAGGUGGCCUUCUGGUGUGCGCAGCAGCGGCCAUCGGAGAGGCCGUCCAUGAGCGCGGUGGUGAAGAUGCUGGAGGGAGAGACGGAGAUUGCCCCGCCGCCCAACCCGUUCCAGUACCUCAUGGGGAUGGAGCCGCCGGCGGCUAACCUGCGGACGACAAUGGCGAGCAGCUCUGUAACCACGAGCAACCACAUCAUCUCCUUUUAA